AUGUCCUCCGUCAGGUGGGUGCACAGGAAGGGGCAGAACUGCGAAAAGCGAGUCAUCUCGCUGAACGAAAUCAAAGAGAGGUACCUGAACGACGCCGCAAACCAGAGGAAGGACAGACGGAAUGAGAAACCUUUUCGCGAUGGGAUAAACGCAGACACGGGGGGAAAAAAGGGAAAAAAAAAACUCAUAACAUUUUACGAAAAAAAGCCAGAAAAAACUGCUAAUCAGCAAAGGGGGUUGAGCGAAAAAAAUGUCAGUAUCCAUUUUGGGAAAAAAAAAUAUUGCUGUUCAGGUGAAAAAGGAGAAACGAAAAAUGGCUGUUCGGGGUGCGGCGGGAAUGUGGCCCCCCCUGGUGGUCAACAUGGUCAACAUGGGGCGUUUGGGAGCGCUAUCGAUAUGGGAAGAGCGGCAAUAGGAGGAAUAUGCGGAAUAGGCGGAACAGCCACAAUAGGCAGACCCUUGGGGGGGGGAAGCAACCCGGGUCCUCCUCACCAUGCGCAGCCACAAGUGAACAUUAACCUAGACGUGAACAUUCAAUGGAACAAACAAAACGGGAAAAUUGAAAAGGACAUCUGCCAUGUAGGGGGCACGAGCACCUUUCACGGGGAGAAGCGAACGUGGCAUCCUACAGAAGGUGACAGAGAAGGUAACACAGAAGAUGAUGGCGAAGGGAACAUACGGGUGCCCAUCAGUGAGAAGCGCUCCGGGGAGAAUGGCAACUGGAGUGACUCCCCUGUAGGAACAGCCUACCCCCUCAGUAGUGAGGAGGUCCUCCUAAGGGGAGCGAAGCAACAGAAGGAGUAUGAACAGGAUAGAAAAAAAAAAAAAAAAAUUAUCCUAUCAAUUAACAAAAUUAGUAACAUUUUAAAAAAAAAAAUUUUGAAGUACUUAACACGUUGGAGGGAACAUUCGAUAGUGAGGCCCCCCCGUCCCGUCUACAAAAAAUAUUCCAAAAUUAUUUCCCCAACGGAGAAUCAUCAUGGGGGUAAAAACGGGGGGUCCCUCACCGCACUGUCGGGACACACCACACAGAGUGCAUUCCCACGGAGGGUAGAUAUGCCUUUGUUGUCUUUUCAAAGAGUGCCAAACGGGGGGAACUAUCCCGAGCGGGGAAUUCCCAAUCCCCUGGGGGGAGGAGUACCACAGGGUGGAUCAAAGGAAGAAACUUCUUUACGGGUGAACACAGAGGAGACCAUCCCAAAGAGCGAACUCUCACACUGCAACGAAUCGGGGGUACCCCCAUUUGCAAAAAAAAACAGCAAAGAAUGUUUAAAGGUGUAUAGGCAGCUUUCCCAGAGGAAGGUCCUGACGAACACGCUGAUUGACAGCUUCAACGAUGUGGACAUACACGACCAGCGGAAAAAGAAAAAGUACCUCAAGUUUUUUUCCAUUUUGCUGUGCCUCUUCCUGAGGAGGCACAUGCACAGGCAGUUGUCUGUGUUUUUUUCGGAAGAAAAGCGAAGCAUACGGAAGUUCAUCAACAGUAGAGUAUAUGCUGUGACCAUCCUGGAGGGGGCGCUAAAACGGAGGGAGAAAAAAAAAGCGCUGAGGCAGUUGGCACUGUUGGAGAGGGAGAAGCGGGGGGGCAGAGAGGAUAAGCAAACGCUCCACCAUUAUGGUGACCACCCCAUAGAGAGCAACAGCACCGAGGAGAGCAGCGUUUUGAAGAGCGCGCCGCACCCGGUUGAGCCUUCACACCGAGAUAACUCCUUGCAUGAUCACCGCGUUGCCGAUUGUACGGAGGAAAACGAACCAAAACUCACCCCCAGUAGGAGCCACGAAAAGCCCUGCUUUGGCAAGCCGAAAAUCUUUAGGACAGACGACUUUGCCAUGUUCUUCAAAAAAAAAAUACUAAAAGAAAAAGAUGACAUUUUGCAAAAGUGUCUGUUGAGAUCCAAAUCAGAUGCAGUGUUAGAUUUUUUAAAAAUGAGUCGGAUGGAAAAUUUCUCCAAAAAAGCUACCUGCAGUUCAGCCGUUUUAAAUUUCCCCGAUGCUGUUUAUUACAAUGAGGAUAUGAGGAGCUCUACACUCCUCGAUCGGUUCUUCACAGCUACGUACAGCCCGGAGGUGCACACUGGCCACCACCAUCCCCACAGAGAUAAAAUACACCUGUCCUUCUAUGAGCAUAUGAGUGACAAUUGCACAAUGGUACGUAGCUCAGUGGAUUACCACCACAGUCAGAACAAACGGGAAACCUACAUGCACUUUAAAAGGGAGUGUUUCGAAACGGGGGGGGGUAACUGUACGGAUUCAGCUAGGCAAAGUGGCACCGGAGGUAAGGAACGCCUUCCUACAAGCGUAGCAGAUGCGAUUAAUACCGCUGGCGCGAAGGUGGGAUCCACCUCGGACGUCAUGAAUAAACUGGGGUGUCUCAUUGGGGACUCAAACUUCCUGAGCGGCGUGACGGCCGGGGGGGGAAACCAGAUGGACGACUCCAGUGAGGAGGACGUCAAUGACAAAAGGUGCAGGAUGUUCUUUAAGCAGUUUAAGAAGCAGCUCACCAUGAAGUGUAGGGAAGCAGCGCCGGGGGAGGAACUGCGUGGCGAUGACCGCCACAGCGGGGAAGACCAUCUCGGCGAAGCGGACGAGGCGCAAAACGGGCUGAGCCUCAGCGACCUGAACAGCACCGUGGGGGUGUCAAAAGAUGGGGCGACGUAUACGUGA